AUCCAGUGCUUGUGUGUGUGUUUGAAUGGUGUAUCACAAUGUGGUUUGUGUCGGUCAAGACAUUAGCGAGUUUUUACAACUCGCAUGUCAAGUCGUCGUUUGUGUGUCGCAUGUGUUUUUUUCUAUUUUGUCGAGUGUGAAGUGUCCAUCGUGUCGCAGGUGUGUGCAGCAAGCCCCCAUCAACUCAAGAAGAAUUUAUCUUGCAGAUCCAAGAACAAGAGCUCAAGAUUUCAAGCCCAAGGGACGCGGAUAAAUAUUAAAUAGUUAAAAUAGAGGUGAUGCUGAAGCUUCAAGACAAGUUCAAGUGCAAGAACCUUGGUGACGUCAACUACUACCUUGGGCUUCACAUUGAGCGAGACGUGGAGAAGCGGUGGAUGCGAGUGCAUCAAAAGAAGUACUUGGAGGCCUUGGCUGCAAACUUUGGGAAGAGUGAAGGUCAUGUGGCUACUCCUCUUCCCUCAGGGUUCAAGUGUGUGAAAGGACCAGCGGAGGAAAGUGUUGGUGAAGAGGAGAGACGCCGUUUUCACUCCUUGGUGGGCAGCCUCAUUGCUUGUGUGUGUGUUUGAAUGGUGUAUCACAAUGUGGUUUGUGUCGGUCAAGACAUUAGCGAGUUUUUACAACUCGCAUGUCAAGUCGUCGUUUGUGUGUCGCAUGUGUUUUUUUCUAUUUUGUCGAGUGUGAAGUGUCCAUCGUGUCGCAGGUGUGUGCAGCAAGCCCCCAUCAACUCAAGAAGAAUUUAUCUUGCAGAUCCAAGAACAAGAGCUCAAGAUUUCAAGCCCAAGGGACGCGGAUAAAUAUUAAAUAGUUAAAAUAGUA